AUGGGCGGUAAGGCUGGCGGCAGGGGCGCGGGGCGGCGAGGGGGUCGGACGGGUCGGAUGCCGGUGGGUGACCACCAUGGCGACCACCCUCCCCCUGCGCACCCUUGCAGCGUUCCCCUGGCGAUGUGGGAUUUUGAGCAGUGCGAUCCCAACGCCUGCUCUGGGCGAAAGCUCCACCGCUGUCGCGCACUUCGCCUGUUGGGGUUGGGGGAGCGUUUUAACGGGGUAGUGCUCACGCCGAGCGCGACGAGGCUGGUGAGCCCGGCGGAUCGCGAGAUCGUCCAGCAGUUCGGCGCGGCGGUGGUGGAUUGCUCGUGGAAGGAGUUGGAUGCGGUUCCUUGGUCAAAGAUGCGAAUGGGCGCGCCCCGGCUGCUUCCGCUGCUCAUUUCUGCCAACCCGGUGAAUUAUGGGAGGCCGUCGAAGUUGAACUGCGCGGAGGCGCUCGCGGCGACGUUGGCGAUCGUCGGUCUCGAGGACGACGCACGAAACGUUCUCGCGUACUUUAACUGGGGGGAAGGUUUUUUCGAUCUCAACGCAGAGCUGCUUGAUGGCUACCGCGCGUGCGCGAGCGAGGAGGAGAUGCACGCGUUUCAGAUGGAAUAUAUUGAACGUGAGGCGCGUGAUGGCGCGCAGCGCCGUGCGGUGGAUCUCGAUGGGAUGGACUUGUUGGAGGCGCGCCCAUUGAACGAGCGAAAGGGUCGUGGAAAGUCCAAACAUGCUUGGAACGUAGAGAGUGAGGAUGAGGAGUCCGACGAGGAGGAGUCUAACUCGCAGGCGGAAAAGUCUAAUGAUGUCGCGGAUCAGAGAGAGGGAGAGGGAGAGGGAGAGGAAGAGGAGGAGGAGGAGGAGGGAGGGGGGAAAGUGUAG